AAUGUGUAUACUGCUAUGAUAUAUCUAGGUGACACCCUAGAUUCCUGUUGUAUAUAAUAGAUAUAGUUACUUUGGUAUCCAAAUAACUGUCUUCCAGCAUAUAGUACUAUAAUUCUCAUUGGUUGAUCCCACUUAACCUAAGGUACCUAUGAAUGUGUACGGUAAACGUAGUUAUAUCGUUACAAUAUGGUGGAUGGGCGGUGGGUGCAGCCACAAUCUGUGGAAGAGGCUAUCGCUUUUGUCAGUAAUAAGUUUGCUGAUAUGGGAGAUGACUUGGCAUUGGUAGAGAAGAAACUGAUUGCUGAAAUGAGUGCGAGAUAUGGCACAGACGUGUUUGACAUCCAUGAAAGAUGCCAGGAAAUACGUAAUCGCGUCACUAAACUCACUAAUGACCUAUGUGAACUGUAUAAAGCGAGGGAACGCCUAGUAAAUGUUAUAGAGAGCCAGCUUAAGCAGUCGUCGAUAAUUCAGAACAUAGAGAAAUUGGUGGACCCUAACAAAGUGGACAGUGACACGCAGCUCCUGGAAAACCUAGGAUUGCAUUACGUGGCAAUGUGGCAUGAAACUGACAGUGACGUUGGUGAAUUAAACGAUGUUGAUCAUAUGGACGGACAACCAUCUCCGGAGGUGAUAAGCAGUGUUGAUACGCUUCCAAAGAUUGAAGCUACUGCCUCGGAGCCAGAAUUUAAACAGGUAUCGCAAGCUCAGUUCGAUGAAAUACCGGCAUUGGUUAAACGACGGGCCAAGUUAGAGCAGAUUAAUGAACUUUAUCAAUUCCUUUUUAAGAAGGCGGUUGAACGCAACAGAUGCCUACCUAUAAAACUUAAAGAAAUAUCGUCUUCGGGGAUACAAGUAUUCGGCCAGACAGGCUCAUCGAAGCUUGCAUCAUUGCGAUAUUUGAAAAUAGUUGAGCUCAGCAACAGAGAUGAAACUGUUACUUUGGUUGACGAUCGGUUCCCCGGUUCGCAGAAUAAGCGCCGGAAGACAUAAAGUUAUC